GACCCCACUGCUGAGAUGCUGGUUCAUGAUUAUGAUGAUGAAAGAACUCUUGAAGAAGAGGAAUUGAUGGACGAGGGUAAAAACUUCAGUUCCGAAAUUGAAGACUUAGAAAAGGAAGGAAACAUGCCUCUGGAAGAUUUAUUGGCAUUCUAUGGCUAUGAACCUGCAAUUCCAGCGGUUGCAGAUUCCAGUGCAAAUAGCUCUCCAAGUGAACUUGCAGAUGAACUACCAGAUAUGACACUAGACAAAGAGGAAAUAGCAAAAGACCUGUUGUCGGGUGAUGAUGAGGAAACGCAGUAUUCCGCAGAUGAUCUGACACCAUCUGUGACUUCCCACGAAACCUCUGAUUUCUUUCCUAGACCUUUACUACCAAAUACCGCAUGUGAUGGGGAUAAGGAAUCAGAGGUUGAAGAUGUUGAAACAGACAGUGGUAUCUCACCUGCAGAUUUGAGGAAGGAAAUAAUGGUUGGUUUGCAAUAUCAGGCAGAGAUUCCCCCUUAUCUUGGAGAGUACGAUGGCAAUGAGAAAGUGUAUGAACACGAAGACCAGUUACUUUGGCGUCCUGGUGUAGUUUUGGAGAGCAAAGUUAAGGAGUACCUUGUUGAGACUUCAUUAAGAACUGGAAAUGAAAAAAUAAUGGAUAGGAUUUCUGCAGGAACACACACAAGGGACAAUGAACAGGCGUUAUAUGAACUUCUUAAAUGUAAUCACAGUAUAAAGGAAGCAAUUGAAAGGUACUGCUGCAACGGAAAGGCAUCUCAAGAAGGAACGACUGCAUGGACAGAGGAAGAAUGCCGAAGCUUUGAACACGCACUCAUGCUCUUUGGAAAAGAUUUUCAUCUUAUACAGAAGAAUAAGGUGAGAACUAGAACAGUUGCUGAAUGUGUGGCAUUCUAUUAUAUGUGGAAGAAAUCUGAACGUUAUGAUUACUUUGCUCAACAAACGAGAUUUGGAAAGAAACGCUAUAACCAUCACCCUGGAGUAACAGAUUAUAUGGAUCGUUUGGUAGAUGAAACAGAAGCUCUGGGUGGGACAGUAAAUUCUUCUGCCUUAACUUCUAAUUGAGCUGAGCCUAUUCCUGAUCAACAGCUGAACAUUCUGAACUCUUUCACUGCCAGUGACUUGACAGCUUUGACCAACAGUGUAGCAACCGUCUGCAACCCCACGGAUGUGAGUUGUUUGGAUGAUAGCUUUCCUCCACUGGGCAAUACACCCCGUGGACAAGUAAAUCAUGUGCCUGUUGUAACAGAAGACUUACUCACCCUGCCCAGCAAUGCGGAAAGUGAUUGUUUUAAUUUAUUUGAGAUUGGAUUUUAUCACUCGGAGCUAAACCCUAUGAACAUGUGCAGUGAAGAAUCAGAAAGACCAGCGAAGAGACUGAAAAUGGGCAUUGCUGUCCCUGAAUCAUUUAUGAAUGAGGUUUCUGUAAAUAAUUUGGGUGUGGACUUUGAAAAUCACACACAUGACAUCACCAGUGCCAAAGUGGCUGUCUCUGUGGCUGACUUUGGCAGCCUGUCUGCCAGCGAGACCAAUGGUUUCAUCAGUGCUCACGCUCUGCAUCAGCACGCUGCCCUCCGCUCGGAGUGCAGCAAGCGGGGGCCCAGAAACAGUGGGCGUGCAGGACCAGGAAACUUGAGGGGAGCUGUCGGGUUUGCUUAG